AUGACGACCUGGCUGGACCACAUCAGCCAGAAGAUGCACUUGGACAUAGAUUGGGCAGACGUAGAAACCGUCAAGACGUUGCCUGCAGUACCAUACGACCAGACAUGCAAUCCAUACUUGCUUGGCCUUCAGCUGGGGACCGAAGCCAAUGCUGCACUGCUCGCUGAGACGGUCAAGGAGCUCCAUGCACAAGGCUGGUUGGCCAUAUACACAAGAAUGGCUGCUGCAAUACUGCAGAAGAGUCUCGCGUUUAUCAAAGGCCGAGUGCUGGUUCAGACGAUACCCUCAGCCGCGUACAACGUGGAACAGACUCUGGUCCAUGCAAGGCUAUAUGCACAGGAGUUUGAGAGAGCUGGAGUUCCAAGGAACAGGUUCUGCAUCAAGAUUCUUGCAACCGGCCAGGGUGUGAAUGCAGCUCGAAGGCUCCAGAGUGAGGGAAUUAGUACUCUUGGGACAGGAGUUUUUGGACUGGACCAAGCGGUGGCAUGCAGUCAGGCUGGCUGCCUGUUCAUCAGUCCCUAUUACAACGAGGUUCGCUCUAUUCGAGAUCCAUCAUUGUGGCCCAAUGUGGCAGACCCGACGACACAGCAUCCGUUCUCUAGGACUCUCGUACAGAUGAUCGGCAUUUACGAACAUUUGCAAAACACCACAGGCAAACGACAGCCAAUGAUUAAACUUGCAGCAUUCCGCUCCAUCAAAGAAGUCGACGCUGCGGCAAGGUUGGGAUGUCAUUCAUCGACAGUGACGCCUGCAGUAUUCAAUGAGCUUGGUGCCACGAAAUUCGAGGGCAAGCCUUAUGGAGAGCCUCUUACAGCCAUUUUCCCGGACCUGGUAUUGCCAACCUCUCUCAACGAGAUUGACUAUCUGGCUGAAGAUGGAGCGAAAUUAAACGCGGCUCUUGAAGUCGACACGGUGGCAGGGGACCGAUUGAAGGAUGCCAUGGAACGCUUCCUCACUGCCGAGGCAACGAGCAAAGAACUGAUUGAAGGGGCGAUCAAGGCGAGCACGAAGUAG